AUGGUCCCAACUGACGAGCAAGCGCCCGUUUUAGGGCCAGGAACCACCGUCUGGUCCGACCACUUGAGCUCGACCGAGUACUCAAUACUAGUGGGACUUCCUCUGACGUCGUUCCUCGCUCUGCUCGUGAUCUUGCGCGUGCUCUGGCGUCCCAAAUCAGGACCGAAGUUCCGUCUCCCGAAACAAGUCCCGACUUAUGGGACGAUCGGCCUCGAAGACGAUCGUGAGAGUUACGACUACGACGGCGACGCCAACGACCUCAUUUACGCUGGUCAAGUGGCUGGUCGCUACGACACGCGCUGGACGCGGACUUUUGACUUUGUCUUUUUCAUUGGGAUGCUGCUUUUCGGCGUGGCCCUCGCAGGUCUCACGUCGCUUUUGCAGUCGGAAUUAUGGACAAAUGCAGACUUUUGGACCUAUUUGGGCCUCAAAAUGGGCCUCAUUUUGACCAUCUCCACGAUGGGAGGGAGUCUCUGCCGCUAUUUCUGUAUUGUGGAUGAGGCCGGCUACGUUAUCACGGAACGGAAUUCGGCCUUUAAAGUCAAUUAUACGCGGAAAUGCCAGCUCUUAGCGGCAUACCUCGUGCCAUUGGUCGUAAAACCAAGUGAAGACACGUGUCGAGAGUGCAGUGGACCUCUCGCAUUGGCAUGGGGCGACUUUGUCACGCUAUGUUGCUUCUUGCUCCUGAUCAAACCCAUUCGAGAACGCUCGACGCUCUUUAUGCUGCAGUUUAACUCUCUGGAUCGACCUGAAGAUCGGCCGCAUACGCUCAAGUGGAUCGUUGCCGGAAACGUCUUCCCCGGUCUCUUCGUGCUGCUCUUCUUUCGCUGGCUCUUUGAGCGCACGACGCAGUCAAACCUCGUCUUCAUUCUCGUGUUCGUGACGAGCAUCGGUGACGGAUUGGCAGAGCCUAUUGGCAUUGCAUUCGGGAAACACAAGUACUCGACAAACACGUGCUUCUCCAAGCGCAAAUACACACGAAGUUUCGAAGGCUCGGCUUGCGUUUUCCUCUCGGGCAUGGUCUUUCCAGCAUUGCAGUACGCGGACUUUGAGACGCCCAUGCAGCUCUGGCUUUCCAUGAUCAUCCUGCCAUUUGUCGUGGCUUAUGCAGAGGCAACGGCGCCACACACGAUGGACGCUCCCGUUCUCAUGGCAGCAACGGGGCUUGUGCUUUACGCCAUUAUCCACAUCUUUUGA